AUGGUAGAGGGGGUUCUUGUUACAUUGGUUCAGUUCUAUGAUCCAUUGUACCAGUGCUUUACUUUUUCAGAUUAUCAGCUUGUGCCUGCCUUAGAGGAGUUUUACCACCUGAUUGGCCUACCCAUUCCCGAUCAAGUCCCCUUUUCGGGUUUAGAAGAAAUUCCAAAGCAUCAAGACAUUGCAGGAGCUACACAUUUAAGGAUUCCUAAGAUCAAAGCUAAUCUGACUACGAAAGGAGGAAUUCUUGGUUUACCUGCUAAAUUCUUGAUAGAUGAGGCUCAUUAUUUUUCUAGCAUGAAGAGCAUGGACUCUUUUGAGGCUAUUUCUCCCUUGCUCAUCUAUGGAUUGUUCCUCUUCCCUAAUGUUGACGACUUUGUUAACAUUAAUGCUAUCAAAAUAUUCCUAAUUAGAAAUUCAGUUCCUACCUUGCUUGCAGAUGUGUGCCAUUCAGUCCAUCUCAGGAAUUUUCACAAGGGAGGAAUGAUCAUAUGUUGUACGACUCUUCUCUACAAGUGGUUUAUUUCUCACUUGCCUCGGUCUACUGCCUUUUGGGACCUCAAGGAUGGUUUGCUAUGGUCACAAAAGAUUAUGUCUCUCACUCAUUCUAACAUUGAUUGGUUUGAUCGUGCUUAUGAGGGGGUGACAACUAUUGAUAGUUGUGGUGAGUUUCCUAACAUACCUCUUCUUGGUACAAAGGGAGGCAUUAACUAUAACCCGAUUUUGGCCCGCCGUCAGUUUGGAUACCCAAUGAAGGACAAGCCCAACACCAUCUUCUUAGAGAGUUUCUUCUUCAAGGAAGGAGAAGACAACAAAGUGUUUAAAGAAAAGAUUAUGCAUGCCUGGCGCCACAUCCAUAAGAAAAGAAGAGAAGUUCUAGCAAAUCUAGAUUGCAUCUCUUUGGAUCCUUAUCUCCAAUGGAUGCAAGCUAGAGCCGCCAGUUUAAAAAUUCCUUAUCCUCGACAAGAGCCUUUAUCUUUAACUAUUAAAGAACCUUCUCCCAUUUUCAUGACUGACACGGAGAAACUCAAGGUUGCUUUGAAUAGGAUGCAACGGGAAAAGGAUGCUUGGAAGAACAAGUAUCAGAUCGUCCACGCAGAGAAUGAAGAGAUUCAAAGACACUUGAAGCAAAUGAAUGAUUAA